CCGCGUCUUGUCAGCACGGUCUAAUUUCGUCGUUGAGCAAUCGAGGCGGGGUGACCCCAUCGAGACUUCCGAACCGCGUCGGUCAGGGAAUUAUCGCAAAAGGGCGCGAGUGCGUCUCGAUAGUUGGAAGUUCGAUCGCAGGAACGCAGUGGAGCCUGGUUGGGGAUUUAGCAUCGCAUUACUACCCACCCUGCUGCGAAGUAUUCUCCGUCCUAGACACCAGUCAGCAUUUAAAGCUCCCGCCGUCCAGUAGGGGAGGCAGAAUGGCUCUCGGCAGUAGAGACAAUGCAGGCGAUGCAUCUCCCUCGGAAACAUCGCCGCUACUCGCCAACGCCUAUGGGAAGACGAGAGAUGGAAAGUUGACGAUAGUUCCCAAUGAGCCCAUUGAGGAACCCGUCGGCGACGAUGGAAGGAUCGAAGAUGAGGAGGCCCCUGAGAUGGGGCAGGCGCCGAAUCCGUUGAUGGAGGGCUUGCCGGAGGUUGCUGCGAAAAUGUAUAUCCUGCUUCCCGCUGUUGGGAUCGGAGUUUUCCUCGCUGCGCUGGACCAGACCAUCAUCGUCUCUACGUACGCCAAAAUUGGCAGCGAGAUGAAUGCCCUUAAUAGCACUAGCUGGAUAGCCACAGCAUACUUCCUCACUCUCACCACCUUCCAGCCUCUGUAUGGCAAGCUCAGUGACAUCUUUAGCCGCAAGAUGGCUCUCCUGAGCGCAUACACCAUUUUCGGCAUCGGGUGCCUCUUCUGCGGUCUAGCGCGGAACAUGGGAGAGCUGAUUGCUGCGCGGGCUUUUGCUGGUAUUGGUGGAGGUGGCAUGUCGACGGUGGUGAGCGUUCUGCUGAGCGACAUCAUCCCCCUGAGGGAAAGGGGGAAGUGGCAGGGGUAUCUCAAUAUUAUCUACGCACUUGGUGCAUCUAGUGGUGCGCCACUGGGUGGUUUGCUGGCAGAUUCGGUAGGAUGGCGAUGGGCCUUCCUUCUUCAAGUUCCAAUGUGUGCCCUGGCCUUCACCGCAGUUUCCUUGAGGCUCGACCUCCCCGCUGCACCCCGUGCACACUGGGUCACUCGUCUCGGCCACAUCGACUUCCUAGGCGCAUCGCUUCUCAUCCUCGCAACAUGCUCGCUCCUAGUUGGUCUCGACCUUGGCUCAAAUACUUCCUGGACCAGCACCUUGACAAUCUCUCUCCUCGCUGCCUCUAUACCUAUCUACAUCCUAUUCAUGGUGGUCGAGCACUACGUCUCGCACCCCUUUGCCCCAAGUGGCAUUAUCUUCAACAGGCUGCUUUCGCCACCACUCAUAUGCAACUUCUUCGCCUUUGCAGGCUACAUGGCAAUUAUCUUCUACGUCCCCCUAUUCUUCCAGGCCGUCUCUGGCUACACCUCUACGGAAGCAGGUCUCCUCUUGAUUCCGGGCAUCGUCGGCUCCGUAACCGGCUCCGUUGGCAGCGGCAUCAUCAUGCAGAAGACGGGCAAGUACUAUUGGCUCACGAUUUCAGGGUACACUAUGAUGGUCACGGGUGUAACUACCAUCUUCCUAUGCUCUGGCGUACUUGUGACGAGCACUUUGGCGACGCUGGGCGCAUUCUCCGUGACGGGUCUCGGAGGCGGCAUCUCAGUGACGACGACGCUCAUUGCCUUGGUUGCGUGUGCCGACCCGUCGGAUAUGGCUAUCGUCACAGCAUGCAGCUAUCUCUUCCGAUCUCUCGGGUCCGCGGUGGGCGUCUCUCUCAGUGCAGCGCUGGUUCAGCAGCGACUCAGAGAUCAGCUGGCGAAGAUGUUGGGGGAUGGGGAGGAGACGGAGAAGAUUGUCCGGGGAGUGCGGGAGAGCUUGGAGUAUCUUGAGAAACUGACACCGGAGGUUAGGGAGGUGGUGCGGCAGUGUUAUCAGAAGGCGGUCUCGGCUUCCUUUGGGCUUGCCGCUGUUGUCUUGUUGGCAUCGGUGCUAAGCUCCAUUUUUCUCGUGGAGAGGAAACUGAGCCGGUGAACUGGGGCGGUUAAAGGGAGAAGUGCAUUUAGAUUGUGAUAUUGUGUUGGAUAGUAAGAAAUUUUUAGAUUUGGUGAUUUUUAGAAUACCUACCUGCUCUUGGAUAUGGAUAUUGAUAUAAUAUCCUGGCAAGACCUAGCCACUAUAGAAUCAAUGCUAUUUGGAUUUU